UCGACAAUCAGUAUUUAAAAAAUAUGUACUUCAUUUUGAAAAAGGUAGCAUAUGAAAUGUCAAAAAUAUCAAUAUCAAUUGACAAUUGAUUGACGGAGACACAGGCGGAGAGACAAGAGAAACGAGAAUGUUGAUUUUUCUUUUAUUUUGAUUGAAUAAACAAAAUAAAUAUGUUUAAAGUUCAUUUAGGGUGGUUUUUAGUUAGCAAUUUGAUUAUUAUAAGUUAUGGGUUUUACGUACCUGGAGUGGCUCCGGUCGAAUUCAAAAAAGGCCAAAGAAUAGAAGUUAAGGCAGUUAAAAUGACCAGCAUACACACCCAGCUCCCAUAUGAAUAUUACUCCUUGCCUUUGUGUUUACCUAAAAACGGUACAUUUUUGUACAAGUCUGAGAACUUGGGCGAAGUUUUGCGGGGGGAUCGCAUUGUGAACACACCGUACGAAGUUCAUAUGGCAGAAAAUAUCAAGUGCAGAUUGCUGUGUCAUAAGAAAAAUGACCCAAUGAAUUGGAGUGUUGAGGAAUCGGAAAAAGUUGCGAGUCGUAUUGAACAUGAGUAUUUUGUUCAUUUAUUAGUUGACAACUUACCGGUGGCCACUAAAGUUAUAAAUCCAGAAACAUCUGAGAGGAUUAUUGAACAAGGCUACCGUCUUGGCUUUAUGUCCAAAGGCAAAGCAUACAUAAAUAAUCAUCUGAAAUUGUUAUUGAAAUAUCACAAAUACAGCCAGGAAUCGUACAGAGUGGUUGGGUUUGAAGUUGAAACACUUUCUGUAGAUAAAGAUGAGUUGACAUUUGUUGAUGAGUCUUGUCAAUUACCUACUGAUCUAAAGCCUCAGUUAGUUAAUGAAGAUACUGGCACAAAGCUGUACUUCACAUAUUCUGUGGAAUGGGGUGAAUCUGACAUCAGCUGGGCAUCUAGAUGGGACAUAUACUUGGGAAUGAAAGAUGUACAAAUUCAUUGGUUUUCAAUUGUCAACUCAAUUGUGGUGUUAUUUUUUCUGUCAGGUAUAUUAACAAUGAUUAUGGUACGUACCCUAAGACGGGAUAUAGCUCGCUACAAUUCUGAUGAAGUAAUUGAUGAUAUGAUAGAAGAAACAGGAUGGAAACUGGUCCAUGGGGAUGUGUUUCGCCCACCACCAAAGAGGAUGCUCUUUGCUGCUAUCAUAGGAAGCGGAAUACAAGUGUUCCUAAUGGCUCUUAUCACUAUUUUUAUUGCUAUGCUUGGCAUGUUGUCGCCAGCGAGCCGCGGCGCGCUGAUGACUGCCGCCAUAUUCCUGUAUGUGUUCAUGGGUCUGAUAGCCGGCUAUUAUUCCGCUCGGUUGUACAACACAAUGAAAGGGAAGCAAUGGAAACAAGCUGCGUUCCUGACAGCCACUUUAUACCCUGCUAUUGUUUUUGGAACAUGUUUCUUUUUAAACUUCUUUAUCAUGGGAAAGCAUUCCAGUGGUGCUGUACCUUUUUCGACAAUGAUGGCGCUUUUGUGCCUGUGGUUCUGUAUAUCAUUGCCGUUAGUGUAUUUGGGAUAUUAUUUUGGAUGCCGAAAACAACCAUUCCAACAUCCAGUGAGAACUAAUUUUAUUCCAAGGAAAGUUCCUGAGCAAUUUUGGUAUAUGAAUGUCUUUGUAUGUACAUUGAUGGCUGGUAUCCUUCCAUUUGGAGCAGUAUACAUUGAACUAUUUUUUAUAUACAAUGCACUGUGGGAAAAUCAAUUUUAUUACCUCUUUGGAUUUUUGUUUUUAGUAUUUUGCAUUUUAGUUAUAUCAGUUUCACAAAUAUCCAUUGUGAUGGUGUACUUUCAACUUUGUGGCGAGGAUUAUCAUUGGUGGUGGAAGAGUUUCUUCAUUUCUGGGGGAUCUGCUGCCUAUGUUCUGAUAUAUUCAAUAUUUUAUUUCUUCAAAAAGCUGGAAAUAACAGAGUUUAUACCCACACUACUUUAUAUAGGCUACACAGGUCUGAUGGUGCUGACAUUCUGGCUUUUGACUGGCACCAUAGGUUUCUUUGCUGCAUACACAUUUAUUAGGAAAAUAUAUGGGGCCGUAAAAAUAGAUUAAUUCAGAUUAGUUUUAUGCUGAAGAUGUCUAUUACGUUAGUAUGAUUGAAGAAUGAACAAUGUGUGUUGAUUCGCGAUUAAUAAAAUGCAUUUGUUUUGUGUAAAUACCUAGGCUAAGGUUGUAAUUCAACAAUUUUACUGAUAAAAAAAGAUCUUUUUAUAGUUCUCAUUUUGACUACAAAGUAUUGCAAUUGCUUCAUAGAUAUCACUGUGACUUGUAUUAUGUUUUAUUGCCUUUUUAUAUCUUUAUUUUAAUGUGUCUCAUGCUGUGUUCAGUUUUUAAUAAUGUACAAUAAAUAUCCCUAAACCAAU